AUGAAUAGAUACCUUCACGGUAACGAAAGGAUGAUUGCCCUCAAAGCCAUUCAUCCUUCUUUCAGUCCUACCAAUAGCAAGUAUGAUAUCCACUGCACAGGGCUCCUCCAAAACAAAAGAAGUCCCAUCUUCGGCCGCUGCAAGUCUAACGAGUCUGAUUCCCAACCUGGUGAUACUCGCCAACAAGAGUUGCUAGCACAAAUUGCCAUGCUUGAAGCUCAAAAGAUCCGCCUAAUGGAUUAUGUAGACGAGCGGUCCGCAUAUCUGACCCAAUUUGGCAAAGAAGCCAUAGUUGAGUUUGAGAAAAUUGGAGAAGAGGCCCUCAAGGGAUUAGAUGAAGCUGAUGCCAGAAUAACAGCAAACAUAGAGCGCAAAAUGCUAGAAUUCGAAGAAUCUACAGAACUUAACAGACAAGAGAUUUCAAACCGUGAAAACGAGCUAAAGGAAUUUGAAGUUCAAAUGGAGGACGACAGAAAUGAAGGCUUGUUCUUCAAGAACCUCAGAAAGAAGGCCCCUGUUGAUAUUGCACAAGCUAAGGUGGAAGCACAAAAGAUCAAAGAUUUAACUAGAGAAAAAGCUGGUGGAAAAGCCAGGCGGUAUGUUUACCUUUUCUUCAUUGGCUUGUUGGGCAUCGGAAUAGUCAAGGCUAUUGCUGUUUCAUCCUCCACUGAUUGGAGAAAGGUUGCAGUUCUUUUCGCUAUUCUUGUGGCUUUAACUUCUCAGUUCAUCUAUGAACAAAACAUGUCAUCGGAAACUGGGAGAACGAGAAAGACUAACAAUGAGGAAAAUAACUGA